AUGUCAGGCGAGGCUUGGCUCUAUCUGUUGUCGGUGUUGAUUAACGCCGUCAACCUCUUUCUACAAGUUUUCUUCACGAUCAUGUAUAGCGACUUGGAAUGUGACUACAUAAACCCUAUCGACCUGUGCAACCGUCUCAAUGCAUAUAUUAUCCCUGAAGCUGCUGUUCACGCAUUCCUAACAUUCUUGUUUGUUAUCAAUGGCUACUGGCUGGCAAUAAUCCUCAACCUCCCUCUACUGGCAUUCAAUGCAAAGAAGAUAUUCGACAACCAGCAUCUUUUGGAUGCUACUGAGAUUUUCCGAAAGCUCAAUGUCCACAAGAAGGAAUCGUUUAUCAAGCUCGGAUUCCACCUUGUCAUGUUCUUCUUCUACCUGUAUAGCAUGAUCGUUGCUUUGAUUAGGGACGAGUCACAAUGA